AUGGAGGAAAGUCAGAGUUUCAGAAACAAACGUAAUCACACUUGGACUGCCGAGGAAGAUAAGAUCUUGGUCGAAUGUAUGGCUGACAUUGCACAUCUUUGGAGAGGUGAGAACGGGUUCAAACAAGGUUUCUCUAAUGCAAUUGAGAGGAUGAUGCAUCUCAAGAUACCGCAUUGUUCACUUAAAGCCAUCCCUCACAUCACCUCCAGGGUGAAAUUGUUGAAAAAACAAUACAAUGCCAUUUAUGAAAUGACUGGAGGUUCUGGUGGAAGUGGUUUCGGAUGGAACGACUCUAAGAAAAUGAUUGACGUCGAGAAGGAAAUAUUUGAUGACUGGUGUAAGGUGAAGUCUCACCCAACUGCAAAGGGCCUUUACAACAAGCCUUUCCCCCACUAUGAUAUUUUGGGAUCCAUAUUUGGCAAGGAUGCAGCAACCGGAGGUAAUGCAGAGACAAUGGGACAAUCAGUCAAUGUCAUGGAGUCAAAUUCGGCAUGCAAUGCAGAGAGUGAUCAAGCAUUUUACGACGAUCUAGACCUCAGUGGGGACUACAUACCCACACCAUUAGCAGAUCCAGUGGAACCUGAAGUCCCAAUUGAAGAAAUUGUGCCACCCACAGAUGUGUCUACUGCCACUGCCAAAAAGGGAAAGAAACGUGACAGACAAGAAGAUUAA